UCCUAAAUGUUUUGAAGCAUUUUUUUUUAUGUUUCACAGACCAUGUAGCAUUCAAGUACCUAUAGAUCCAUGUACAACUAAUGGUACCUGUGAGGGGAGAAAUAUUGUUCAAAAUUUGCACGCAGUAAAUUCAACUCCAAUGAAAAAGAUGAUUUGUAUUUGUAAAUAUUUUACCAUUAAAUUUUAGUGUGCAAUGAAAUGCAGGAAAACAAGGAAGAAAUUAAUGAAAUGCAAGUGAAGAAGGAAUAUACUAUUGAUAAUGUAGAUAAAUGUGUCAUUAAUGGAGCUGAUGAUGGUGCUCAUGGUGGAGGAAAUUAAAUAAGUUAAAAUAAAAACGUGCAGUAUUACUGAUGAUGAUGACUAAAUAAAAGGGUGAUUAGAAAAUGUUUUUAGAAGUAAGUUCCAUUGCAUGUGGUUGCCUUUCAUUUCCAUAAAGAUUUUUAGUUGAUGAGUCAUUAGCAUGACAUAAAACAGUAUGAUGUUGAUCUUUUUGAAGUGUUGAAUUAUUUUAAUAAUUUGAAUUCUCUUAUUCUACCAAUCAAUUUGAAUAUUUAGAGUAUUUUAAUAAUUUAUAUUUUCUUAUACCACCAAAAAACAUGUAUCUUGCAUAAACUUACCAUUAUUGUUUUCGUGAUUGGAGAUCGGAUCCGGCAAACUGGCUAGGCCCGUGACUAGUUUUAUAUGAAAAAAUGACUUUCGAUUUUUUGUGAUUCAAGUUAUUUACAAGCAACAUGAUAAAUCACAAAAAUUCACCUACCCCAAAUGAUCACUAUGGGGAAUGGCCACCUCACGAGUUGAGCUCAAAAAACCACUGAGUCGAGCUAGCUCGCGAGCUCCACGAGAUGCAGAAGGGUUAGCUCAAGCUCGGCUCAUUAGUAAACGAGCUGAGUUUCAAAUGAGUUUUUUACGAGUCGAGCGCCGAACCGUUCGCGAGCAGCUCGACUCAUUUGCAGCCCUAGGCCACAACGAAGACAAGGAGGCGGGGUAGCGAAGGUCUCGAUUGGAGGCGAUUUGAGAAAAAAAUCCAAAAAUUGGGUUUAGAAGGGCAAUUUGAACCCGCCCCGCCGGGUAUUACCCAACCUGACCCGCAGUAGCGUGGGCGGGGCAUGAGUAUCUACUUCCAACUCCCCCUGUCCCGCCCUACCCCAUUCUUGGCCCAUUAUAUCUCAAUUUCUUACAGUAAGUAUUCAUAUUUCUCCUAUUUUUACUUUUGUUCAACGAUUUAAUAUUUCAACUAGUUAGAGUCAAUUACUCAUACUAUUAUCACUUACUUCGUUUAUAAAGUGUUUUCCCCUUCGUUUUAUCAUAAAAAGUAAAAUUUGACGUGUAAUUUUAUCAAAUAACAUAUUAGAGUGGGUCGAUAUGCCUCACCUUGUACACGCACGAAUAUCACCCACCCCAAUCCGUAAUAACAUAAGGUGGGGAAUAGGUAUUGAGGUACACGCCACAACUCGCCCUAUUGCAUUGGGUUGCUAGGGGGCGAAGCGAGGAGUAGAGGGAGAAAAUAGAAAGAUAGUGAUAUAUGGUGCAAUUUAGCAAUUAAAAAUUAAAAUGGCAGUAGAGGGAGAAAAAAAAAUUCAACGAAAAAAAAAAGGAGAAGAAAGGGAUAGAACGGUAAAUAUAUUCCCCAAUUCCCUAGCCUAUAGCAUUUUAAAAAGAUAAGGGAAACCCUUCCCAGAGAUCAGUCUCUCUGCUUCCGCCGCUCUCCCUUGUUAGCCUCUCCGCUGAACCAAAACUCUUAGACAAGGUAAAUCGAAGUGACUCAAAACCCUAAUCAGUACCAGAUUUAUGGUUCUUCCUGUUUCCGUUUUGCGUUUCAUCUGCUCCCUUUCAGCCGGCGGCUGUUUUUGUUCUCACUAAUGGAUGGUGUUUCUUUCUUGUUUUACUUUGCAGAUGAAUCUCCCUGCUCUUUCCUGUUACUGAUCUGAUGUUUUCCUGGAGUCCAAUGGUGUUUAUAUUUCCUUCUGUGUGUUUGGCUGAUGUACGUUUAACCUUGUGUUAUUACAGAACUUCAAGAUAUUCUUCCAGGGAUUAUCAACCAGCUUGGUAUGUGUUCUUUACAGUCGGUGUGAAUGUUGGUUAUGUGUUGACAGUGUUGUAAAUGAAGCUGGAUUGAGUUGUAGGAACUUCCACUCAUACUUAAGGAGCCUGUUUUGAUUAUUAACCAAUGUUUUGUGGUAUCAUUCUUAUUAUAGCUAGCUCUUCUAGAGCUAGCUUUCAAACCUGUUUAGUGUAUGGGUAAAUCGAAUGUCUUAUUUGUGCAAUGUUUAUGGAACAUAUGCAUGGUUUCUGCUUCGGUUCCCAGGGUUGAGGGAAGAGAUAACAUAAGCGAUGUUCUACCUCUCCUUGAUAUUUGGUAAUGAAGGUUUUUGUUUUGCCCAAAUUAGUUCAAUGUAUCUUUUUUGGGGUGUUUAACCUGGGUUAUUAACAUCUCAAGUAGUCUCAGAAGCUUGUACCUGGGUUAUUAACAUAGGCAUGGUUUCACUCUGCCAUUCAUCAACAAUGCUUAUGCAUUCUAAUUUACUAAUUCUAUGUUUUCAUUCACUUAACUAACUAAUUCGUUGGGAGCUGUCUACUUAGUGUCACUUGAGCUACCGUUGAGACAUCAUGCUAUAGCCUGUUCUGUUUUCUAUUUUCCUGUAAUGCUGGAUACUCAAGAGUUAUGCUUUGCUUACCAUUUCUGUCUCCUACAUUUCAGGCCCAGAUAACUUGGACAACUUGAAGAAGUUGGCUGAGCAAUUCCAAAAGGAGGCCCCCACUGGUGCCACUGGAGUAGUUCAGGAAGAUGAUGAUGAUGUCCCAGAACUUGUAGCCGGAGAGACAUUCGAAGCUGCGGCAGCGGAAGAAACCCGUACUUAAGGCUGGAAGCUCUGAGGGUCUUUUUUGUUUUGCUUUUCUUCAGAUUUGCUCUUAUUCUCUCUCCGUGGUUGUUACCUCCCUCCUUUUUCCUUCCUGAUGAACUUGACAAUUCUGUAGUAGUUUUUUUGCUUUGUCAACGUUCCUUGUGAGCAGCUCAGAAACAAGUAUUACUAUGGAAUCGAGUAUAACAGUUUUAGGGUGUCAUUUAGUUGAUGGUUCUAGGUUGCUUCCAACCGCUAUGAUCGGAUGGUUCUGUUCAUGGUCUCUUAGAUUAGUGUAUUCUGUGCAUUUGUUGUGCAAGUUCCGGCUGCAGCUAAUAUUUUCAGGUCCCAAAUUGUUCAUGUCAGGAUCUGUGCAUUGAUCGUAGUAUGGCCGACUGCCUCGAAUGAGCUUGGACGGGACUCGGUAGGCUUAGAAUGCUUCGAUUUUGGAUGGUGAUAGAAAAUCUAGUCUCGCUGAGUGUUUUGGAUGGUGAUAGAAAAUCUAGUAGGCAUCGUUUUGUUUUGGUGAUAGUUGCAUUGUUAUCGAUCAAGGUUGUCAAACCGGUUUAUGUCAGUAUGCCGGUUUAGCAAGUGGAAUGGUUCAACCGUUGGCACAUACUGGUUUGUGCUGGUUUCUGCCGGUCAAUAUUACAAAGAAAAUUAUAAAUACUCAUAUUUAAA